CGCUCUCCUCUCCCGCCUGUUCUGCUCGGUGACUCGGCGGUGGAUUGGUUCGGUCUGUUCUCCCGUGUUGUGUUGCCGUUAGCAUCGUUAGCACCUGCCGCCGUUUCUGCGUGACGUUUCUGCACCGUUUCACCUCCAGCUAACCGGGAGGAAAUAUUAACCGACCUCUCCGCUGGAUAAAUAAACACGGAGCCCGGCAGGAAGCAUGUCCACCGCCCUGGAGAGCUACAUUAACCGCACCGUGGCCAUCAUCACCUCAGACGGCAGGAUGAUCGUGGGCACCCUGAAGGGCUUCGAUCAGACCAUCAACCUGAUCCUGGACGAGAGUCACGAGCGAGUGUUCAGCUCCAGUCAGGGCGUGGAGCAGGUGGUGCUGGGACUUUACAUCGUCAGAGGAGACAACGUGGCGGUGAUCGGGAGAUCGACGAGGAAACAGACUCCACUCUGGAUUUAGGAAACAUCAGAGCCGAGCCGCUCAACUCUGUUGUCCACUGACCUCUGACCCCGCCCGCCUGCACUCUGCGUCGCCACGGCAACAGAUGACAGCAUGACUCAGCUGUGUGUUUGUGUGUGUGUUGCAGGAGCCUGUUUACUGAUGCAGGUUGACUGAGUUUUCUGGACCAGCUGAGACCUCGAAUCUGCAAACACGGACAGAUGUUAAAUUUAAAAAAUGCACCCGGAGAACUCAGUGAACCUUCGUCCACUAACAGACUCCCGCUCUGACUUUUUUCUGUUUGUAUUUUCUUUUUUUAUAAAUAUUAAAUUGUUAGAGUUGUUUGACUUUUUUAUGCUACAAGUGAAUUUUUGUCAGAUCGAGAUUGUUUAAAUAAAGGUUGAUUUCUCA